AUGGCUGGGAAGGGCGGCCGUGCGAGACUGCAGGAAGAGACGGGAGAGCGGAGUGCAGGGUGUGGGGGCAGAGCGGACCUAAAGGGGAAACCGGCGCAUCUCGCGUGCCCCGUCCGCCCUAGGCGGGACCUCGCCGGCGCGCGGCCCCCACCCAGCAGGGCGGCGCGCAGAGGGCGCAGCGGGCGCGGCGCGCAUCCCCCGGGCGCGGCGUCACGGAUGCGGCCCCGCCCCGCCGCCUUUCCCGGCCUGCGCCGCCCGCGGGCUGGCAGUGCGCGCUGGUCGCCGGCGAGGGUGCGCACGACUGAGAGCCGUCGCGGCUUCCCCGAGAGCGGCAGCCUGCGCGGGACUGGUGGGCAGCGGCCCGCCGGCGCCAUGCUUCCCGGCGCGGGGCUCUUCGGCGCGCCCGCAGCCCGGCCGCCGCUGUGGCUGCUGCUGCUGCUGCUGUGCGUCGUGGCCGCGGCCCGCGGAGACCCGACGAACGGCGGACCCGCAGGUUCGCCUGGAGUGAUGGCCUUGGAGAGUCAUAACAUAUCACUAAAUGAACAUUCCAGUGAGCCGGUAGAAAAAAUUGUGACUUUGGCAAGUCCUUCUGUGAUGUCGCUCACCUGCAAGUUCAAAACAUCAGAGAAUUUGGCUUCAGUCAGUGUGAGUUGGAGAAAGGAUGGUAAUGAAUCCGUUACGAAUUAUUCUCGCACUGCCGCAGAAGACACGGUGUCUACCCAAUACAAUUUCACCAUUGUUGACAGCAGGCAAAUGGGAAACUAUUCUUGUCUCUUUGAAGAAAGAAAGAAAUACAGGGGAACAUUUGAUAUCAAAGUUCCCAAACUUGGUGGAAAAAACAAGCCAUUGAUCACUUAUGUGGGGGACUCCACUGUCCUGGUGUGUAAAUGUGAGAAGUGCUUUCCUGUACAUUGGACCUGGUACAGAAGUAAUGGAAGUGUACAGGUUCCUAUUGAUCCCGUGAAUGAUACUAAGUAUGCUGUCACUGGAGGGAACAGCAAUGAGACAAAACUCAAGAUAAAGGACCUUCUGGAGGAAGACGGGGGGUCCUACUGGUGCCGCGCAGAGUUCCCGUUAGGCGACAGUGAAGAUCAGCUGGAACUUGUCGUGCUGAGCUUUUUGGUGCCCCUCAAACCGUUUUUUGCUAUAAUUGCUGAAGCUGUUGUUUUAGUGGCUGUUAUUCUGCUUUGUGAAGUGUACACACAAAAGAAAAGAAAUCACCCAGAUGAUGGAAAAGAAUUUGAGCAAAUCGAGCAGCUGAAGUCAGACGACAGCAACGGUAUAGAAAAUAAUGCCCCCAGGCAAAGAAAAAAUGAAUCUGCAGGCCAAUGAAUGGAAAAGAUCACAUCAAGCAUUGUGGGACGAUGUGCGAAGACUGUGUGUUUCAGCUUUUCAGAGUGUCUGAGUUUUUGUGUUUUGAAGAUGAAAAGCUUAUGCAACAUGUUCAGCAGUACUUCAUAAAUAAUAUAUGCUAUCUCAGAUUUAAAGCCUUUAUUUUCAUUUUGUAAUUAUUUUAUACUAAAGCAAGGUAAACUGUGUGAAAUAUAUUGUGUGAGCUGCAACCCAGAGUAAUUAAUUUUAUCUUGCUCUUCAUGGGACAUCAGCAAAACCAUUUAAUAAUUCAUAGAACAAUUUAAAAAAAUAUUUCAUAGGGCAAUUAUCACUAACAACCUGUUUAAAACCAAAGAGCUUACUAAGAAGAAAGUCUAUUUUUGUCUUAAAAGUUUUCUUUUUCUAAUUAUGCUUGGUAUGUAUAGAAGUUUAUAUAAUAAUUUCAUGUAAAGUUCAUCCUUUUGUGAUUUUGAAAAAUUGUAUCUUCAUUAGGAAUUGAGUCUUUGUGAUUUUGUAAUGAUGGUUACAAUCUCUACAAGUAAGACAUAUCUUUAAUCCAUAACUCAUGAUGUAAGGCAAGGAAAUAACCCUUGUUCUUAGCCGAGCAUUGUGGUGUGGUGGUGUACAUCUGUAAUCCCCACUAUUGUAGAAGUUUGAGGCCAGCAGCUUAGUGAGACCCUUUCAAAAAAAAGGAGUAGCUGGGGAUGUAGCUCAGUGGCAGACCACUUGUUUGCCUACUCUGUGCAAGGCCCCAGGUUCAGUCACCAGCACCUGAAAAAGACAACCAAAAACAAACACCAAAAACAACCCAAAGUAUGCUUGUUCCAAAGCUCUGCUGCUAUAAUAGCAAAUCUCUCAGUCUUUCCCAUGUCAAGCCAAAGUACUACUUAUGAGCAAUUUUGUUUUGUUUUUUUGUGUUUUUGAGACAGGAUCUUGCUAUGCAGUUCAGACUGGUCUUGAGCUCGAUUUGUAGCCCAGACUGGCCUUGAACUCACAAUGACCCUCCUGUCUCAGCUUCCCAAUGGAGCAUUUUUGUUAUUGUUUCUGUUGUCUUAUAAGCCCUUCUAAGCUUGGUCUUCUCUGGGUGUUUAUGUAUUGAAGUCAUUCUGCGAAUUGUUACAGUGCAGCACUCUUAGCCAGAUGCUUCUGUGGUUCAUGGUUUCCUGGUGUCUUUGAUACAUUUUCUUAAAAAUCAAGUUUGCUUGUAUUCAUGGCUGGUUAAGUAUAUAAAAAUAUGUAGCUGCUCAUGUUGGUGCAGCAGUCAGGAGACUGAGAAGGAGGAGUGUCGUGAGUUUAAGGGCAGCCUGGACUACAAAGUGAGUUCAAGGCCACCCUGAACUGCAUAUGAGACUUUGUCUCAAAAAGAGCCCCUACCCCGGAAAAAAUGUUAUUAGUGCUUUACAUAAUUCUUUUGACCGAAAUCCUGAAGUAUUCACAUGCUUCUUUUUUUAUGUUUGCAAAUGCCUUAAGAUAGUAUCUUCAAAAGUAGGUUCAUGUCUAUAUAUAACUGAAGUAUUUUAUAAAUGAAAUAUAAUCAAAUCCAAUGACAUUAGGUGUGCAUAGAAGUUUCCAGUGACUUUAAAGGAAAUAAUGGAAAUCUUGCCCUAGUAUACUAGAUUAGGGUCCGUGGUGCUGGUGGUCCAGCAUCCUGCUAUCCCGCUGCUUGCAGGCAAAAAGAGUUUAGAGCAACCAAAAGCAGAGAGCUAAAAAUGGCCAUGAAAGAUGUACAUUUCUCGUGGAGUUGGGUAUUAUUAAAGCUUGAGAAAAGGAAUUCAGUGAUUUGGAAAAAAUGCUGUGUUGAAAUUUAUACUGUGAAUAUUGGUAAGAAUAUCAGAUUCUGAUAGUGAAAAUUACAUGGCCAUCUUGACAAAUGUUUACCAAUAUUACUGGCAUGAAUAAUAGAUGUAAAAUAGUUACUUGAAAGCUGCUUUUAUUUUGCUGUUGCAACAAAAAGUAUUCUGUUGCAAAAUAUUUCAGCUACACAUGCACAUAAUGAACUAGAAAACAACUUUUAAUUUUAUUCUUGACCUCAGCCAUUGGUUUUUUUAUUCAUAAUUUGACAAAAUUAUGGGUAGUAGGAUGGUAGCUAGCUUAAUUAACUUAAGGAGAAUUCAGGCAAAAGUGAGUCAAUCCUUUUAUUUAAAUUGGUCCAGUUUAAAAUGGCUAUAUAUUAUAACCCAAAACAAUAUGUAGCUCAUGGGGUAUGCAGCCUUCUGUUUGGGCACCAUUAAUUGUUUAGACUGAAGUAGUUUUCAAGCAAGAAGAAUUGUUGUUCAGAGUGAAAGAAUCAAAUAUGUAUAUAGUAAAUUGAAAUUUUAAAUGAUUAUACUUGCUAUGUAUUUUUUUUUUUUCUAGCAAAGACAAGUUACUUUGGUAACUGAAAGCAGAAAAACUACUGAAACAUUUAAGUUGAUUUUGGCUUUUCAGUUUGUGUGGUGGACUUCUAGAAAAUUAUUUCAGCACUUUAAUUAAAAAUGGAAUGCUUCCAUUAACUAACUCCUUGAAGAUAAUAAGUGGAUUAACAACCCAUUGUAAAUUGACUGCAAAUAUUAAGCAGCAGAAAAACUGAAGUAGGAAACUACUCCAAGUCUAUAAACUGGACAUGUUGGGAGAGUUUAUCAGUCUUUUCCAGCUAAUGGGGUUUCUCAGCAUAAUUAAACUUAAUGCAGUUAUAAAGUUCCUUAUACUUGUACACUCAAGUUUAUACUAAAAUGUAAAUCUUCUCCUUUUGCAGUCUUGUUUUUCCCUCGAGCAUUUAAUCAGACCCAAACCUAAGGGUCACUGUGAUGUUUUUUUUUUUUUACUUACUGGUUGUGAAUUCCUGUUCCUUUGACCUGCUUAAAAGCUCAUUAGCUGGGCAUGGUGGCACACUCCUGUAGUCCCAGCACUUAGGAGGCUAAGGCCGGAGGAUCGCUUAACAGCUAAGGUUCUAUUUUUGAACUUUAGUCUUGUCUUCUGUCUCUCAGUCUCUUGCAUUGUGCCCAAGUCCUCCUUCUAAAACACAAAUCUCUUUUUGCAGCUUCACGUGGCUGGUUCCACACUAACCUGCACCUUUGUCAUUCAUGUAUCGCAGUGCACAAGCAUGCUCAUCUCCCCCGGUUCUGAGCCAGCCUUGACACACAGAUUAGAGCCCUGGAUGCUCUUUCCCUCACUUUCACACACCCUCUCAGUGUUAGCUCUCCUGAUUGGAUCCUGAUUGUGCUUCGCUGAAGGUCCUUCAUACCCAGGGAGGCAGUGAUGCUCUGCAUUUCUUUGUUUUUAUUCCCUGUAUUAUAAAAGUAGAGUAGCUGGCAUCCUUCUUGUUUUGUCUUUUAUUUCUAUGCCUUGUACCAUGGGGGUAUGUUGGAGAUAAAUUGUUCCUUACAUUUAGGAAAACAAUUUAAAAUUUUUCAAAUCAAAAUUGAAAAAUAUUUUAACAGAAAAACAAGUUUAAAUAACUUUCCUCAGUUAUUUAUGUGGGACAUGUAACUUUUAACAUCUUUAAAUUUUUACUGUUCUCAAAGUUUCAUGGAUUCAUGUAGACCUUAUUUUUAUCCUCAUAAGCUAUUGUCUUUUAUAAAGAAUUUUAGCAGUUUAUCCUUUACGUGGUAUCGAAAGUUGAUAUUUAUGGCCCCCAGUUGACUUUUCAUUUCAGCCCACCACCUUAGACUACUUCAGGGUCCAGUUCAAAAUUUAAUCUUAACAUUUAAAAAGUUUUAUUGUUUAGUUUUGAUCGCUGUAAGUAUGUCUUUCAUCAAAUUCAUUAAAAUGAUUUGUUUGCUUAUUUGGAUCUUCAUCUUAGAGAUACUUAAAUAAGUUUAUGCAGAAUGAUUUACUAAAUACUAUAGUUCCCCCUAAGAGGAAGAAUCUUCUGUAAUUGAAAAAAAUAUAUGCAAAGAAUUAGGGACACACAACCUGUUAGCACUGAGCAGCUCUAAUCAGAGAUGUGUUCAGGUUUGUGCUUUGGUGUUAAUUAAAAGGCACAGCACUACCUUGCAGUGUGCGCUUAGUAAAUAUUUAUUGAAUACAUGAAAAAUACAGGAAUGCUGUAGUUUUAAAAUUGUACACGUACCUGUUUUCUGCUUUCAUUUUGAUUAAUUAGCCAUCAGUUUAUCCUAUUUAAUUAUAGAAAUGGAGAAGAAGGAAAUUGGAACUCUUGCAUUUACAUAGGGUGUUUGGGAGUGUAUUUAGACUAUAUGUAGAAAGUCAGUCACAUGCCCCAUUGUAACAGUUAAAUUAAGGAUACAUUGCACUAUUUGUAAUGAUACCUGCAUUUGUUCAUUGCGUAGCACAUGGUAGACACUGCAGAUUUCUCUUUUUUUUUGGUACUGGGGAUUGAACUCAUGACCUCAUGCUUGCCAGGUGACACUGCAAAAUUUUUUUGAAAUGUUUUAUCUCAUUUAUCCCUGCAUCCUCCUAUGGAUAAAAGCAGUUAGCAUUUUUUUUAAGACAGGGUCUCACUAUGCAGUUCAGGCAGGUUUUGAACCCACUUUGUAACCCAGGAUGGCCUCAAAUCCUCAAAGCCUCUUGCCUCAGCCUCCGGAGUGCUGGGAUUACAGGCAUGCAGCACUAUGCCCAGCACUUUUUUUUUUUUUUUUAAAUAAAUGAGAAAACUGAAGCGUAGAGAGAUAAUCUAGUAUCUGCCUCAGGAGCCUAGGCUUAACCACCACUCUUGGGGGUCUAGUGCUGGGAACUGAACCCACGGCCUUCACACUGAACUAUAGCCCGUUCUUUUUUUAAUUAUUAAGACUGAGGCUCUAAAUUGUCAAGUUGGGCUCAAAUUUGUAGUCCUCCUUUCUCAGGCUCUCAGAGUGCUGGGAUUACAGUCUAGCACUACUCUUGUCUACCCUACCCACCUUCACAGACAACUCGACCUUGCUAGUUACGAGCUUCUUAGAGUUGAAGCUAUCUUAUCUCUACAGUGCUUGCUUUCUCUUUAGAAUUUCACUCCUGUCAGUUUUAUUGUACGUUCCAUACUUUGGCAUCUUGCGUUCUUGAAGUGGUGCUAGGGAAACAGCACAUCGUUUCUUUUAGGAUGCUUGCUUUCUUUUCCAGGUUUACUUGUCUGUAAUUGAGGGUGAUCCAAAAACUUAUCGAACACUGAACAUGAAAGAAGGUGCUACUUAUAAUUUCACUAAGACAACAGGUGAACUUGGAUCUCAUGGUUGCACUUUUGCACACCUUUACACUUUUAACUCCUUUCUGAAUGCUCUACCAUAGACAGUGCUAAUGUGCAAGAGAAUGAUUUAAGUCUGAAUGGAAGACCAAAUGACAAACAGGAUAACUUUCAGGGAAACACCCAAUUUUAGGUAAUGCAGAGAAGUAGCUAUUUUUAGUAAAUGUCAGUUGUUGUGUCACCAUAGAGAAGUGCCUAUAAUGAGACCAUUUAGUAAGCUUCAGGUUUUUUAUUCUUACAAGUAUCUGGUAUGAUUAAGAUUUAUUAGCAUUUAAACAUGACUCAAGUUUUAAGCUGGCAAAAAAGGGUGUUUUUACUAGCUUGUGGAAUAAACUGAGUUUCUUUUGAGUUUGUGUAUCUUCUGAUUAAUUUGUCAAAUACCUGUGUGGCGCUCAGUGAAUUCAGUGAAUAAUAUCUUUAUGGUAAAAUUAAGGAUUGUUGAUUUAUGAUGAUUGACUUUAAUAAUUCUUUUUUUUCUGCAUGUCUAUCAGUUCUCAUUGAUGCCUUUCUAUAUUGUGUAAAUCGCACAAAUGUAUGUAAAGAAUGUUGUAAAAAAUCAUUCUGUUGCAUAUAUAUAACUCAGAACACAUCUAAUAUGCAAUUAAACUUAAGUGUACUUUGAAUUAAAAUUUAAGGAUUGGAAAAUA